AUGCGGACUACAUCUCAGCUGGAGCGGGAGAGGAAGAAGGACGCCAAGGAGAAUCCAGUCAUUGUAGGUAUUAAGCAGGUCUACCACCUAGUCUACCACGAUUCCCAUGGUGGACCUAGCUUUUCUCACGGGCAGGUCAACGAUAAGCGCUGCAGGUGGCAUGGAAAUAUGUCAGAGACCAGAACCAACGAGUUCUCGUCUUUGUGGAUACACCUUGAACCCAGUGGUGAAGAUCUCCUACUACGACAACGUGGAACGAAUCUGCUGUACCAUUUGGGCUACUCAACUGUCUGCUGGGGUCAUGUUGCCAUGGACGGCCAGCUUCGUGAGAUCUGUAUCUUUGAGCUGAUCAAAAUGUCGUGGCACCAGCCUUUCAACCACUAUGCUUGGGUGGUUGAGCGGGAUGUGCAAGGCAACGACAUGGCUUAUCAUUCAAAUGAUACACCAAGCGUCGCUCGGAUGCAAAAAAUGCUCAGUGACGAGUAUAUCUUUGACAGUGAUGCCGAGGACGAGGACGAAGUGGAGGCGUACAAUAUCGACGAUAUCGCUCAAGAGGAAGAACGUGUGGAAGAUACUCGUAUGGAACUGCAACAGGAGUUUAAAUGA